AUUUAAGUGGGCUUUAGUCUAUGAACUAUCAGCUGUUAUUCCUAGUUUCUGUAGAACAUGUUUAAAGUGCUGAUAUUUCUACUACUGCAGCAAGUUGCAGCAGCAGAAGCUAAAGUGAGUGCUGCUUGGUCAGUGACUUUUGAAAAUCCAGAUUACUGUGCUUUGGAGGGGACUUCAGUGGAGUUCAAGUGUUCAUAUCACUACCCAGAAGAUGAAUCUGUCAGAGAGACUGGAUGGUGCAAAGGACUGCUCCAAAAUGGGACGUGGAAACGUGUUAAGCUUUCAACUCUAUUAACGUACAAAAAUCGAUUUAAAUAUCAGGGUGACCAUACAAAGAACUGCAGCCUGGUCCUUCAAGACGUGCAGGAGAGCGAUGCUGGAUAUUACUACUUCUGGUUUGACACUAAUAAGUUUGGACGGAACAGUAAGCAGUCAGUUCUUCUCUCUGUCAUAGGAUCAUCAGGGCUGAAAGCCAGCAUACACCCCAGGAGAGUAAACGCCGGAGAUAAUGUGACCCUUCAAUGUAGCACAAAGUGCCAAAACCCCAGAAUAGUCUGGUUCAGAGAUGGACGCAGAGUGACAGAAACAACGUUUAGGGCUCAGAAAGAAGAUGCUGGAAACUAUUCAUGUACUGUUGAAGGACUAAAACCACUGCUAUCAUCGGAUCCUGUGGCUCUGGAAGUUUGGUAUGCUCCAAUAAAUGUGUCCAUUGAGGUGAAUCGUUCUAACCCUUUGUUGGUGGGAAGCAGUGUAAAUUUGACCUGCAAGAGUGCUGCUAACCCUGCAGCAGAUACCUACACAUGGUGGUACAGGAGUAACGCUUCCAACCCCAGCUCUGAUCUCCAGGUGGGUUUGGGGCGGGUCCUGAGCAUUUCCUCUUUGGAGCUGACCCAAACUGGAAUGUACAUCUGCCAGGCCCAGAACCAUGUGGGACAAAGCCGUUCGGCUGAAGUGCUGUUGACUGUGGAAGACACAGUUCAUCCAUUGAUUGUCCUUGGGAUUGGAAUCAAGGUAAUUUUUCUGCUCACGCUGCCAUUGGUUAUCAUCUGGGCUUGGAAACACCGGUCUUGUUCUGAAGAAGACAAAGAGAAAACCAGCAAUGAUUAUGAAAAUGUAAUGUUUGGGUGAGCUCUUGGAAUGAGGGAGGAAACCGAACACAGGAAUCAUAAAAACGUUGUUGUACCAAGUUUUAACACAUGAACAGAACAGGCUUUCAAAACAGAACUAACCAUUUACAGUCUCAAUGUACAUUUCCUUUUUUUGUGAUGUCUAACACUGAUUUUCCAUGUAGAGUAGAUGAUUGCUGUUUCAAAUAGUAUUGAUGGUUUUUAUUCUAUUUUUAAAUUGAAUUUAAAUAUUGGUUUUGUGUUACAUUCAGUGGGGGAAAUGUGUCAGACACUUUGCAGCAGCAGCUUUCAACCAUCUACUGACUGUUUAAAAAACCAACACUGCCCCCUAGAGUUUGAAUUUCAUAUCUGCAUGCUCAGAAGAACAUACAAUUAGUGUUUUUAUUUUUUCAUUUAUUUUUUUUUACCUAAAACCAAACAUUAUCUGUUCUUGGUAGAAAUUGCCCUUUAAUGGUUUGGAUUAACCCCACUUGGGAUUAAGCAUGUCAGAAAAUGUAUAGUGACUGAAAUACUGUAAUAUAGCUUUAUAAGCUUAGUGAUUUUAAGCCAAAAUGCCAAUACUUUUAAUUUGUUCAUUAU